CCCAGAGCGGAGCUCGGGCCGGCCUCGGGGGUCGGAGCGAGUCUAAAUAAAAACGUCAGUGAGCACCUUGUUGUUCGUGAGGCUGCCGAGCCCUUGGAAGAGCCCUCAGGAUCACAGAGCAUGAACCUCCCCGGUUUUGCAGCUUAUUGGUUCUUGUUGGUCACGUAAAGAGUUCGGUGGCUGCUUAUCUCCCUGCAGGGCUGCUCUUUAAAAACUCCCCGUCUCCCGGCCGAUGUAAAUUUUGGGGUUCUCUCACUGUCGGGGUGAGAUAAUGAUGGUUGGAAAUAAAUAAAUAGAGGAUCCUGGAAGGAAGGUUAGUCAGCUUUAUCAAGAGACUGCCUGUCAGAGAGACUAACGUAAGAGAAAGGAUUCAAACCGUGACUUAAAUACCAUGAGACAAAACAAAUAGCAUGGUUUUGGCCCUCAGGCUUUCAGCAAAGCUGCAUAGAGUUAGAGUUUACUUAUAAAAGGCAUCAGAAAAUUGAUUAAAACCCACUUAUUCAUGCUGCCUUACAUGUGAGCAAAGCAGGUACACAUUCAAAUGUUACCCCCGCAAACGCUGCAGUGCAAACGUGUGUGUCCAGAGUGAACUUUGAAUGUUAAAUCCCUGAGCAAUAGCAAAACCUUGCCUAUGUGGAGCGAAGUUCAGAUGUGGAGUUAGGAAAGGGGAGGGUUCUGCAUGGCCGUGUUUAGACGUCAGCGUUAACAGGAUUAAGGUAGCACCUUCUCUGGCCUCAGCGGGCAGGAUCUGGUUGAGGUCAGUGCUGAUGUUGGCAUGUUGAAGUCAUGAAAGCUCUCUGGGAUCCUAGGCAACUGAGCACUUAGAAAAAGUGCUUUGAUGCUUUUGGCACAGCUCUGAGCCUUGUUUUGUUUGUCCUUGGGUUUUUUUUGUUUGUUUCUUGCUUUGAAUGAUAGGGGCGGCAGGCCAAAACAAACAACACUUUAUUACAAAGAACACGGCCAAGCUUGACCGAGAAACAGAAGAGCUGCACCAUGACAGAGUUCCCCUGGAGGUGGGCAAAGUGAUCCAGCAGGGCCGGCAGAGCAAGGGCAUGACGCAGAAGGACUUGGCCACGAAAAUCAAUGAAAAACCACAAGUUAUUGCUGACUAUGAAUCGGGAAGAGCAAUCCCCAAUAACCAGGUUAUGGGCAAGAUCGAAAGAGCCAUCGGCCUUAAACUGCGUGGGAAGGAUAUUGGAAAACCGCUGGAAACCGGCCCCAAAGGGAAAUGACAACAAAGCCUCGAAAUCAGUUUGCCCAGACUGAUCUCGUCUGGCUGGUUCUCCUUAACCACCAGGAUCUCUCUUCGUAUUGCCAAGCUGAACAAGAGGGUUUCAGGCUUGCUUUGGGGGGGAAAUCUGCCGAAUCUGUACCUGCUGUAAACAGGCAACCUUAAAGAAGCGAUUUUCCUGAUUUUGUUUUUCCUUCCUCCUUUCCAGAGAUUGAGGAACUAAAUCCAAAAAAAAAACCCUGCAUCUGAUUUGCCAGAAAACGUGUGCGUCUUGGUGUUUAGAAGCAGCUAUCGUUGAGACGCUUGGGGGGGUCUGAGAUAUGACCAGUUAAUUGGAACAAUUUCGGGGACGGGUGGGAUAUAUUAUAUAUAAAUAAUUUGGGAGAGUUGGGGGUUGAUCGGUGUCUGUGUUUGAAAUGAUGACUCAGUCACUGCAUCACAAUGACAUUUUUGUUUGUUCCUUCCAGCCUGUUUUAAAGAGAUCUAUAAUAAAGUUUGAUACCCUUCA